AGUGAGGUUUGAAGUGUAGGGAGCAGAGUUUAAUUUUGAGGGGAUGCUGAGCAAGUCGUUCACCUCCUGUAGCACAGUGCUUAAGCGUUCCUAUUAUGGAAGUUAAGUGAGAAACUGCAGCUUUAACUGAUUUGGGAGAGAAAGGGAGAGAAAGGGGUAGGGGGAGGGCGAGAGGAAAGCAAAAUAGCCAAACCAAGCCAAUGGUUUUCCUGCAAAGUGCCGGGAAGUUUGUGGAGCACUUUCAAGGAUUCACGUCCUUACUCAGAGCCUCUCCUUGUCUUCCGAAGAAAGAGCUUGCUUUUGGAUUGCUAUGGAUCCUAAAGGGAAUCUUAGGCACACUUGAAUAAUUCCUCUGCUUGGGCUGGAUUGAUGAGAAUUUAGAAAGGAGCGCGUGUGCAAAGCAGAAGCCUUCGGAGCUCGCUUGCUGCUCUAAUCUGUAUGGAUCUAAAAGUGUCGCAUUCCAAACCUUCCAGUUUGCAGCUUUUGAUUUCAGGACUUCCCUUUCCACUUUAAGUAGCUGCUAGGAAACGGAAAACUUUUGGACCUACCUCUUACUGGCUUUGGAUACUUUUUUAUUUUUUUAAAAAAUCUCGGUGGAAUUGGUCUCGCAAGCGAUCGAGUUUGCUUUUAAUAUGUCAAAAUGGGUCUGCUGACGCCACUCCUGCUCUUUGGAUUUGCAUUUUUUCAAGUCUAUGGAUCCCGUCUCCGCCAGGAGGACUUUCCACCACGGAUUGUGGAGCAUCCAUCAGAUGUGAUAGUCUCUAAAGGAGAGCCAACGACUCUGAACUGUAAAGCUGAAGGGCGGCCAACUCCUACUAUUGAGUGGUACAAGGAUGGAGAGCGAGUGGAAACGGACAAGGAUGAUCCCCGCUCCCACCGCAUGCUGCUGCCCAGCGGGUCUUUGUUUUUCUUGCGCAUAGUUCACGGGCGCAGGAGUAAACCUGACGAGGGAAGUUACGUCUGCGUAGCAAGGAACUAUCUCGGAGAAGCUGUGAGUCGCAAUGCAUCUCUGGAAGUGGCAUUACUACGGGAUGACUUCCGCCAAAACCCUACAGAUGUUGUGGUGGCAGCUGGAGAGCCUGCCAUACUGGAGUGCCAGCCGCCUCGUGGGCAUCCGGAGCCUACCAUCUACUGGAAGAAAGAUAAAGUCCGGAUUGAUGACAGGGAAGAGCGGAUAAGUAUACGUGGUGGGAAGCUGAUGAUCUCCAAUACAAGAAAAAGUGAUGCUGGCAUGUACACUUGUGUUGGAACAAACAUGGUGGGAGAGCGAGACAGCGAUCCAGCAGAGCUGACUGUCUUUGAACGGCCCACGUUUCUCAGGCGUCCGAUUAACCAGGUGGUGCUGGAGGAGGAGGCUGUGGAUUUCCGGUGCCAGGUCCAGGGGGAUCCCACGCCCACAGUCCGGUGGAAGAAAGAUGACGCAGACUUACCAAGAGGAAGGUAUGACAUCAAAGAUGACUACACUUUGCGCAUUAAGAAGGCCCUGAGCACAGAUGAAGGAACCUACACCUGCAUUGCUGAGAAUCGAGUUGGAAAAGUGGAAGCUUCUGCUACCCUCACUGUGCGAGCUCCCCCACAGUUUGUGGUGAGACCACGAGACCAAAUUGUAGCCCAGGGUCGAACGGUGACUUUUCCUUGUGAAACUAAAGGAAAUCCACAGCCAGCUGUUUUCUGGCAAAAAGAAGGAAGCCAGAAUCUACUCUUCCCAAACCAGCCUCUCCAGCCCAACAGCAGGUAUUCAGUUUCACCAACCGGAGACCUCACGAUCACCAACAUUCAGCGGUCCGAUGCAGGCUACUACAUUUGUCAAGCACUGACAGUUGCUGGAAGCAUUUUAGCAAAAGCUCAGCUGGAGGUUACUGAUGUCUUGACAGACAGGCCUCCGCCCAUCAUCCUCCAGGGACCAGUCAAUCAGACGCUGGCAGUGGAUGGGACAGCUUUGCUGAAGUGCAAGGCAACUGGGGACCCCCUUCCUGUCAUCAGCUGGUUAAAAGAAGGAUUCACCUUCCUGGGCAGAGACCCUCGAACAUCCAUACAGGAUCAGGGGACACUUCAGAUUAAAACUCUGCGGCUGUCAGAUACAGGGACUUACACUUGUGUUGCCACAAGUUCUAGUGGGGAGACAUCUUGGAGCGCUGUGCUGGAGGUGACAGAAUCUGGUGGAGCAACACUCAGUAAAAAUUACGAUAUAAAUGACCUCCCUGGACCACCAUCCAAACCUCAGGUCACUGAUGUUACUAAGAACAGUGUCACCCUAUCCUGGCAACCAGGGACCCCUGGAAGCCUACCAGCUAGUGCAUAUAUCAUUGAGGCUUUUAGUCAAUCUGUCAGCAACAGUUGGCAGACGGUGGCUAACCAUGUGAAGACCACGCUCUACACUGUGAGAGUGCUGCGCCCCAAUACAAUCUACCUGUUUAUGGUGAGAGCUAUCAAUUCACAAGGUCUGAGUGAUCCCAGCCCUGUGUCAGAUCCUGUCAGAACACAAGAUAUCAGCCCACCAGCACAAGGUGUGGAUCACAGGCAAGUGCAGAAGGAACUGGGAGAUGUCAUUGUACGACUGCAUAAUCCUGUUGUGCUGACACCCACGACAGUUCAAGUCACUUGGACGGUUGACCGCCAAUCCCAGUUCAUUCAGGGCUACCGUGUGAUGUAUCGCCAGACGUCCGGCUUGCCUUCUCCAGCUGUGUGGCAGAAUCUGGAGGUCAAAGUCCCCACCGAGCGCAGCGCCGUCCUCGUCAGCUUGAAAAAGGGAGUCACUUAUGAGAUUAAGGUUCGCCCUUACUUCAAUGAAUUCCAAGGAAUGGACAGCGAAUCCAAGUCUGCUCGCACCACAGAGGAAGCUCCAAGUGCCCCUCCUCAAUCUGUUACCGUCCUGACAGUUGGAAACCACAACAGUACAAGCAUCAGCAUCUCCUGGGAUCCUCCCCCUCCUGAUCACCAAAAUGGAGUCAUUCAGGAAUAUAAGAUCUGGUGUCUAGGUAAUGAGACUCGAUUCCAUGUCAACAAAACAGUAGAUGCAGCUAUUCGGUCAGUAGUAAUAGGUGGCCUAUAUCCAGGUAUUCAGUACCGUGUGGAAGUUGCUGCAAGCACCAGCGCAGGCGUGGGAGUAAAAAGUGAGCCACAACCCAUAAUAAUUGGAGGUCGUAAUGAAGUUGUCAUCACUGAAAAUAACAACAGCAUAACUGAGCAAAUCACUGAUGUUGUUAAACAGCCUGCCUUUAUAGCUGGCAUCGGCGGAGCAUGUUGGGUAAUUCUGAUGGGUUUCAGCAUCUGGCUAUACUGGCGCAGAAAGAAGAGGAAGGGGCUCAGCAAUUAUGCUGUCACCUUCCAAAGAGGAGAUGGAGGACUAAUGAGCAAUGGAAGUCGACCAGGUCUGUUGAAUGCAAGUGACCCCAGUUAUCCUUGGCUUGCAGACUCUUGGCCUGCCACAAGUCUGCCUGUAAACAACAGCACUAGUGGACCAAAUGAUCUUGGCAAUUUUGGUCGUGGAGAUGUGCUGCCACCAGUGCCAGGGCAAGGAGAUAAAACUGCUACAAUGCUUUCUGAUGGAGCCAUUUACAGCAGCAUUGACUUUACCACGAAAACUAGCUACAACAGUUCCAGCCAAAUAACGCAAGCUACGCCAUAUGCCACCACCCAGAUACUGCAUUCCAACAGCAUCCACGAGCUGGCUGUCGACUUACCUGAUCCUCAGUGGAAAAGCUCGAUUCAGCAAAAAAAUGACCUGAUGGGAUUUGGUUACUCUCUCCCAGACCAAGGCAAAGGCAACAAUGCCUUGCUUUACAUCCCUGACUACCGCGUGGCUGAGGGAUUGGCUAAUAGAUUGCCACACAACCAGUCACAGGAUUUCAGCACCACCAGCUCCCACAACAGCUCUGAAAGGAGUGGCAGCCUCUCAGGUGGCAAAGGAGGGAAAAAGAAGAAAACCAAAAAUUCUUCCAAACCCCAGAAAAAUAAUGGUUCGAAUUGGGCCAGUGUUCCACUCCCACCUCCUCCUGUACAGCCACUCCCAGGCACAGAGCUGGAACAUUAUGGCUUGGAUCAGCAAGAAACAGGAUAUGACAGUGAUGGUUGGUGUCCACCUUUGCCAGUUCAGACCUACCUGCAUCAGGGCAUGGAGGAUGAGCUUGAAGAAGAUGAUGAUCGCGUUCCCACCCCUCCUGUCCGAGGAGUAGCUUCAUCACCUGCUAUCUCCUUUGGGCAACAGUCAACUGCAACCCUCACACCUUCUCCACGAGAGGAGAUGCAACCAAUGCUUCAAGCCCACCUUGAUGAAUUAACUAGGGCAUACCAGUUUGACAUAGCAAAGCAGACAUGGCACAUCCAAAGCAAUACACAACCUCCUCAGGCUCCAGUUCCACCCCUAGGAUACGUAUCUGGAAACCUUAUUUCAGAUUUGGAAACAGACGUUCCAGAUGAUGAAGAUGAUGAGGAUGAUAUCGAAGAAGAAACUGUAGAAAUCAGUAGGCCACUAAGAGGUCUAGAGCAUACUCCAGGCUCCAGUAUGGACAACCUAGACAGCUCUGUGACAGGUUCAAUGGUAAAUGGAUGGGGUUCUGCGUCUGAUGAGGACCGUAACUUUUCUAGUCAUAGAUCUAGUGUAGGUAGCUCCUCAGAUGACUCGAUCUUUACCAGCGGCAGUUUUGCACAAGCACUGGUUGCAGCAGCAGAUAAAGCUGGUUUUAGGCUGGAUGGAACCAGCCUGACGAGAACAGGCAAAGUAUAUCCUUCCUCUCAGAGACCUCGGCCGAGCAGUCCUUUCUCUACUGACAGCAACACCAGUGCGGCUGUCAAUCAGAGUCAGAGGCCGAGGCCCGCUAAAAAACACAAGGGAGGACGGUUGGACCAACCCGCCUUGCCUUAUCGCAGGGAGGGGAUAACAGACGAUCUUCCACCACCACCCGACCCGCCCCCUGGUCAGGGUUUAAGGCAGCAGAUAGUCCCCGGCCAGCGCGGAGGCUCGGCAGAAAGGAAAGGAAGCUCUCUUGAGAGGCAGCAUGCACCGAACGUAGAUGAAACAAAGAGCUCCCUGGACCGGCAAGCUAGGACGUCACUAGAGUGGCAACGACAAACCCAGGAGUGGAUAAGCUCUACAGACCGCCAAGAGGAUUUCAGGAAAGCCCAACACAAACAAGCCUUCGGAUCAGAAGAGGCACUCGUUCCAUAUAGUAAACCCAACUUCCCAUCCCCUGGUGGCCACAGCUCUUCAGGAACAGCUUCUUCUAAAGGAUCGACCGGACCUAGAAAAGAGUAGUUGAGAAGACACAUUGCAAGCUGCUCUGAUGGACCAUCAGGUCUACACUCAUGGAAGUGAUGACACUAAACAGUGCAAUGAACAUUUUCUUUAUUUAUGUACUAUUAAAAGAACUGUAAAUGCAAUGUAAAGACACACAGCCACACAUAUCCCACAGAUACUUUACUUGUGUUCUUCUCUUUAAUACACUCUACACCUUAAGCUAUUCCUUGUCAGGAGUAUAUAAAAAAAAAAGGAAAGAAAAAUCACCCUCCAAGAUGAAAAGGAUUUCCUUAUGUAUAUAAUUUCUUUUGUUGCAUUGCUAUGCAAACUCACCUUCUUUUUAGCUAUGUUCAUAUUCAUGUCUGUUUUUAUUGGUCUGUUGUACUAUAUGUGAAUUAAUAGGCUGUGGUGCCAUAUAUUAACUUUUAAUUGUGUAACUUUUAUGUUUAAAGUUUGCACUGCAAUUUUAUUUGGUGAUAAGCACAAAACUCUACUCCUCAUGACAUGAAGAAAAAAAAAAGAGAUUGAAUGUGUGAAGAAGGCUUACGUACUGUAAGCUACUUUGGGUAAUAUUGGAUGUAAAGAAGUGUGUUAGGUGGUUUUCCAUUGGGGUGUAGAAAGAAGAAAGUGACAGGCAAAACUGAUGUCAGUGAAGACAUUAGAGACAUGUAAAUCUUUGAAAAGCAAGCAACAGAGUUGCUCCUCCUAUUUAAGAAGGGAUCAGAAGUUGGAAGUGCCAGACUAAAGAGUGAGUAUGAAAAUUAAAGGUAGCAUGAGAUGGCCUAGACCCUUUCACUAGAAUGAUGCCCUUAGUAUCUGUUUUUAGCCAUCCCGUGCCAUUAAGCAAAGGGGAAGGAAAACAAACCUUGCUACAAACAAAAGAACUUAAGGUGUUUCACUAAAGCUGGUUUUUUAUUGCAGUUUUAAAUUAAUUGCUACCAUUAAUUUCUCCAGCCCAAAAUAUGACAGAGAUUUCCCGGAGGAAAUAAACAACAUAAACUCAAGAAAUACCAAGUAAGUUGUUAAGGAUGCAAUUUAUUAUGAAGACAUAUUCUGGCUGCUUCCAAAAACACUGAAAUGUCAGAGUGUCUUAUUUCACCUUUCCAAUACAUGUACAGUACAAUAGAGGAUAGAGCUGCACCACUGAAAUUCAUGACAUUAAUUGUUUUGAUGCAGUCUUAGAAAACCUUUGUGUUCUGUUACCUGAAAUCUGAGAGAGCUGAAGCCAGAUCUACUAAAUUUGUAGUAAAAUGUUCAGGGUUUGGAAGGAAAGCAACAGUCAAAUUAUUUUUGGCUUGCAUUAAGUACGUUUCUAGCAAUACAAUACAUCCAAAUAGUUGACUAUAAGCAAAGAAAAUCCUUGACCUGUGUGAGUGACUUCAAACUCUAAUAUGAUGAGGAAAUAACGCAUGUUUUACACUUUGGAAUAAACCAGACUCUGUAAGUGGACAUUAAUGACAGCAUUCUGUCUCUUCAUUAAUUUUCAUGGCCUUGUCCAAAUCUUCUGUACCUCUCAAAAUCUCAAUAAGUAAAUUGUCAAACUUUUCUUAGAGUACUGUAUGUGGAUACCCCACUGAUUUGAUGCUUAAUUUAAACGUUGCAUCCUGCAGCUUAUUUCCGUUAGUUAUCUGACUACAAACAGAAGAUUCCAUUUGAAUACUCUUUUCGUAUAACCAGUCUAUGUUGUUUUAUAUAUUGCCUUGGAGCUCACCAGUAUUAAGAACACUUUUAGAAAUGGCAGGAUUUUAGUAAGGUAAAUUACAUUGCUAAAUAUGUGUUGCUUUUCAUUUCAUUAACUUGUUCCAUGAUAAGAUAAAACACUGCAGCCAUCAACUCUAACUCAGCACUACUGAAUAUUUAAAAUGGCUAGUUAACUUCUUUAAGGUUGAGUGUGUUAUUUAGCAGGUUACAAGCCCCCCCAAAAAAAUUUGAGGGAAAAAAAGUAUACAUUUAUUUAUCUAUGUGAUUUUCCUGCUUGUUAAACCAUUGCAGUUAAAAUUAUUACUUUUAAAGCGUGCAAAAGUUUUCAAGCAAGAUAAAGAGAGCACCACAUUUACAUAUGUAAGGCUUUUAUUUUAGAGUUACCAUGUUAAAAGAAAACUAUUCCAGGUACAAUUCAGAUUUAUUUAUCUGGAAAAGUAAAUCAGUCACUGGUAGAUGCAUUAUUUUUUCUUUCAGUUCAAGAGUUUGUGCUGAGCUUUGGUGGAACACCUUACUCGCUAUAUCCUAUUCGAAACUCAAUACCGUUCAGACGUUGAUAAAGCCAUCCCGAUUGCUUUCAAAUACGUGUUUUAUCUCUUCCACUGGAAAGUAAAUGUGUGUCAGUAUUAAAGCUGUGCAGUACCAUGAUAGUCACUAACUUGCCCAUCUGCUUCUGUACGUUUUUGUUCAUUAAUAAUUUGCUUACGAUAAUUGCGUAAGGUGGUGUUGUGUACCGCAAAGUGUCUCCAUUAUCUUACAGGUGACGUCUCUUCGUUUCUUUCUCUCUCUCUCUCUUUUCUAUACAGUGUACUUCCAAUGAACCACAGUACAUAUUUUUUAAGAUACCAUUUAGUUUACUAUUUUAAAAGAAGUACUCUUCUUUUUCUUUUUUUCUAAGGCCAAAAAAAAAAAGGCAAUUGAGAACAUUUAUUGUGAAUAAUGUGUUUAAAGCAAAAGGGAUGUUGUGGCAGGCACUUAGAAUUGGUUGGGUUCUUUUUUCAUUUGAUUUUUUUAGAUACUGUUUAUUGGCUACAGUUUGUUCACAGGAAAAAAACAAACAAGUAUGACCUCUUAAUGUGUUUCAUUGGUAUUAGUGCAGCAAAGUUCAAUUGGCAUAAGAAGUUGGUUAAUAGUACUGUUGAAGUGUGUAUUGUAUAUUUACUGGGGACAAAACAAAAUAAAACAUAUUCACAUUUCAAAUCUAUGUUAAAAGACCUUGAGUAAGGAGUCAAUAUGUGAAAAACUGUGAAAAUCAGGCAAUAAUAACAUAGACUGAGCUAUAAUCAUCACUGUCCACUUACAGGUAACAAGGAAUGUUUUAUGUGCUGGUUUUUGAACUAAGUGAAGAUCUGUCUUAACAAUAGGCCAGUGGUAAAUGUUGCUUAUCAUAAGGAUUUCUGUUUAAGGUCCUGUCUGUGCUGGGAGUAGUUGUACCAAUGUGAUUGCACUGAUACAGCUACUCUAGUGCUACAGCCAUAACUAUUUCAAUGUACAGUAAGGACUUUGCUUAAAGCCCGUGAAGUAGUGGACGUGUAAGACCUGUGUUCGGCAGCUCUGAAUCCUUGGGCUUGGCGUUUGGUACCCACGGAGCUGCUGCCAAUCCAGUGCAGAAUAUCCCCAGAAUUUAUAGGUAGGUGUUUGGUCAAUUUUUAUCAAUCUUUGCGUUGAAUGUAGGCUCAAUUUUAUAUGCAGAAGGGCUGAAGGACUGAAUAAUAAAUUGUUACAUGUGCUUCAGUGGUGCAUUGCUGUCUAGACAGCCAUUUCAGUGAUGGAAACAACAGGCUGGAUAGGGCACUUAGUGUCAUGGUCUAGUUGAUUGGCUAAGACUGGGUGCUAGGUUGGACUGGCUGAUCUUGGAGGUCUCUUCCAACCUGGUUGAUUCUAUGAUUCUAUUCUGUUUAUUGUUUCCUAAGUCCUUAUCCAAGUCAGUGAAUCUUCUAAAUAACUUUUGGUUGUCACCUGAAACAGAGCAGAAAACACUGUUCCUUGGGCAAGGUACAAAAGAAAAGGAGCAUGGAGUGUUUUAAGUGUAUUGAUUUAAGUAUAUGCCAGUGCAAAAGUAAGACAUGACUGUUUGAAAUAACUGAUACGGUGCUUUACGCUCGCCUCAGCCCAUAGGUUGCCAGCCAGGAGAAGAAAGUGUGUGCCAGGGCUGAGAAAGAGUCCUCACAGGUGAUAGAGGAAAGGUUAUGAGGUUGGGGAAAAUUCUGAUAGGAACUUCUUUUUUUUAAAAAAAAGAAAGAGAUUAAAAAAAAAAACCACACAAAAAAACCAUAAACAAAAAACCCCAAAUCCAUACAGGCCAUUCCUUUGUUUUUCUACUAUUUGUGCAGUGUGGGGGUUUUUUUAUGCUUAGUGGCCUGAUGGAACUUUAGCAGGGGAAUUAGAAGGACCAGACUAGGCCUUCUUUUGUAACAACUGGGGGAACUUGUUUGCUGAGGGGAGGAAUGGUUGUUUAUUUUCCCUUCGUUUAAUUUGACUUUUUUAACACAUUUUGUAUUCCUUCUCUCCGGAAUACAGUAGCUAAAAACAAAUUGUUUUUUGAAAGCCAUGUGAGGAAUGGGCAAGUCAUUUAGGAGGUCCAUUCACACAGCAGAAGAGGUGGCAAAGAGUAAUAAUACUAAGAAAAGGGAGCACGUACACCAAGUUAGAAUCAGCCAAGUGCACAACAAUUUCACGUGUGAUUCUGAACUGCUGAUGGUACAUGUAGGCUUCAUUGCUUUUGGUUUCUGUACCAAAAUUGAUUCUCCACUAGUUCACAGGAGGCCUAAAUCCUCAGGACACUAGAGCUGGUACUGUAUUUUAAAUGUGUGGUUAAUCCAAGCCGGUGGGACUGCAAUAUGCUUAGGGUCUACAAGCCCCAUCUCUGACUACUCCUACCCUAGCAAUCUCCAGCUGGAAUGCACAUGGUGGCUUCAGGCUCAAGUGGGUUUCAGCAAAUCCUUUUGCCAAGCACCUUGUUAGUUGUCACAUAUGUAGGAGGUUGGGCACCUCACCAAGUGUGGAGUUUUUCAAGGCAGGGAAGGUCUCCAAUGAGGCAGGCAUUGUUGCAGUUCAUAUUGAGACCACUUAGGCAAGGCUUACAUUUUGGGACCAUUCUCCCCAGUCCUUGUAUUGGUGCUGUCCUGCUAUGGUCUGUAUGCUCAGUGCUGCUGCUGUCCUCUGAAUCUGGCGCACCUCGUGUGGGAGGCGAGAAAGAAGAGAUGCAGUGGUGCUGAGGGGCACAUAGUGUUAAGCAUGCCUUGACUGACAGGAUAUAUGCCCUAUUAAAUUAGGAAGGGGUGAUGGAAUAGAGCAGAGCAAUGAUCCUAAACAUCCACUCUGCUCUUUCUAGCUCAUUCCCUGCUUCUGUAUUAGCCUGACCUCUUGCCAUGCCUACAGCUCCUUCACCCAAAAUAACAGGUAUGACUUAGAGGUAUCUCAUGGUAUGUGGAGGACAUGUAGUGCCAUGCCUGUGUGCUCUGAAUAUGGGAUGGGGAUUUGGGUAGAGGUAGGUCUUAGCUCUACUGUUAGCAUGAGGACUCGAUUGCUUUCUAGUCUGUCUCUGUUUAACUGUGUAGAUAUAUCCAGAAAGAUCUCAGCAGAAAACACCUUAGCACACCUAAGCGCUGCAGCAUCUCUCCUGGCAUGUGAUUCCUCUUUCAGUCUGUCAUAGACCAUCCCAAGUGCUAUGAUAGAUUCUUACCACACCUUCAGGCCUGAAAUAGUUUACACUGUCAUUGAGGCAAGUAAGGUUGUUUUUCUCUCUGCAGCAGAAGGGAAAAACAAAACAAACCCCAAACAAAGCACUAAAACCCCAAACCUGUCAACAUUCCUCCUAACUCCUAGGAUUUCAGGUAUACAUGUUUGAAGUUUUUGUUUCUUUUUUUCUUAGUAUGUUGUCUAGCUACCAUUAAAAUUAUCUUUUCAGAGCUGCUACUCUCUUUCUGUCCCCUCCCCUCAUUCUCCACUACUUAUAUUUCAGCUGUAAAGAAAUGGUGAGGGAGUGAUUACCUUUGUGUACUUUUGGUGUUAUAACUUUAAACAACACGGUGCACGGUUGCAUUCAGUUCAAUUGAUCAAAGCCAGAUAGGGAUGAAAUGUUUGUUGUUUUCUUCUAAAAAGGCCUGCUACUGUUUGUGCUGAUAUUUGUUACCCGUUUAUGCUGAUGAGUGCAUCUUUUGCCUUUAAGGAUGCCAUUAGGAAUUCUCCUUUGUGUUCAAAAGCAGGAUCCAUUGUACAGCACUUGGAGAGCCACUGGACGCAGGUAAAGAAUAUAACAGCUUGAGCAAGUGCUAAUUAGAACCAAUUAAACUUAAUUGACCUCCUUUGGCAGUAAAAUGCGUAAUAGAACUUGCUCUGUCCUUGCAAAAUGGAGAUCUGGCCUCUAAACAGGAGUGAAGCAUGGUUUCAUGUAUCAGCCUGUAGUAAUUAUGUGAGUGUAACAACCAGGAAGCAGCUUGCUGCAAUUUGUUCUAAUAACUGAGCUCUACUGUAUCACGGCAGUGCAAUAAGAGUGAGAUUUCUGCUUCAGUCUAUUUUAAAAGAUCAUUUUUACAGAGCAAAUGAGCAUCCCAAAAUACCAGUGCUGAUCUCUAAGAAUGAAUGAGCUGGCAGAAAAAUAACAGAAUCCCUUUCAUUGGUAAGUAAUGGUGAGCAUUCAGGAAAAAAAGAAAGAGGUAAUUAUAAUGCCUGCAAGUUAGAAAUGGCUCUCAGGCUCAGAGGCUGUGUCUAUCCUGAGCAGUUAGGUUGUGCUUGGAUCAGCCUACAGCUCAGCAUGGCUUACCCACUGCACCCUGCAAUGAGGUUGCCUUCUGCAGACUUCUGUUGGGGAAGGGGCAUUGAUCCAUCUGAGGCUGGGACUGCACCACUACCACAGGCACCAUUUUGGACAUGGUCAGAGGUAUCCAAAUUUCUCUCUCUCUUAAGAGAGAAAGAGCAGGGGAGAAAAUGAAGGGUAAGAACUAUAAAGUGGUAUGAAUUCAAAAGCAUUGGUGUUGGAUACUAAAAUGCACAUCUCUCUGAAGAGCUGAAACCCCAUUCUCAUUAGUAGAACAGAACUGCUCCCACUUCAGUGACCAUGUUUGGCUGACUUUCUUUAGCAGAAACUGAAUGCAACUGAUUUUGCUGCUUACUUGGCCUUACUAUGAACAGCAAUAAAGGUGUUAGUCAGGUGGGGACUUUGAUGUGACAUCACUUUCCCUUCAGGGAAUGUUCCUGUGCUGGCUUGUUAAUGAAUUUCUUUCUUAAUGAGUAUCAUUAAAAACCCUUUGAUUAGC